UUUCUUUGUCUUUUUUUGUAGAUAUCUUUUUUUGGAAAUCCUUUUAUUUGAAAGGGAAAAUGAUGGAUAGAAAUUGGAUGAAUGAACAUAGAGUUAGUAGAAGGUACAUUGAUGGAGUGGAAGAAUUCUUAAGUUUGGCAUUUGCUAAAGCAAGUAUCAAUGGAAAAAUAACAUGCCCAUGUAAGAAGUGUGGGAAUGGACUGUGGGCAACUAGGGAAGAGGCAAAAGAUCAUUUGAUAUGCUUUGGGUUUAUUAAAGGAUAUACAAAAUGGACAGCCCAUGGAGAAGGUUCAUCAUUUGUGGGAUUUGAAACACAUGCUCCUAAUGACCUAUUUAUGAAUAAUGAGAUGCAUGAGUUAUUAUAUGAUGCAUUUGGCAUCCCAAAUGAACAUGUAAAUGAAGAUGACCCAAUGAAUAUUGUAGAUGAACCUAAUGAAACGGCUGAGACAUUUUAUAAGUUACUUCAUGAAGCUAAACAAGAACUUUUUCCCGGGAGUAAGUUUUCAUUAUUAUCAUUCCUUGUUCGCCUAUUUCACAUUAAAUGUCUUGGAAAUUGGUCGAACAAGUCUUUUUCAAUGUUAUUGGAGUUGUUAAAGGAUGCAUUUCCUGAGGGGGGUAAAUUACCAAAAUCUUACUACGAGACAAAGAAAGUGUUUAAGGGACUUGGCCUUGAGUGUAGAAAAAUUCACGCAUGUCCAAAUGAUUGCAUACUUUAUCACAAGGAAUAUGAGACAGCCACAGAAUGUUAUCAAUGUCACACUCCUAGAUACAAAAUACCUACAAAUAGGUUGCAAAAUGAUGGAGAAACGAUCAUAGAUACAAGUGAGACAAAAAUCCCUGCUAAGGUAUUAUUCUAUUUCCCAUUGAAACCAAGAUUGCAAAGGCUAUUCAUGUCUUCAAAAAUUACCUCCUUUAUGAAAUGGCAUAAGGAGGAUCGAAUUAAAGAUGGAUACAUGCGGCACCCGGCAGAUUCUCCAGCUUGGCAGACUUUUGACUUCAAGCAUCCUGAGUUUGCUAAAGAUCCACGUAAUGUUAGACUUGGAUUAGCAUGUGAUGGAUUUAACCCAUUUAGGACAAUGAGUAGUACUCAUAGUACUUGGCCAGUUAUCCUAAUGCCAUACAACCUCCCUCCUUGGAUGUGUAUGAAACAACCUUUUUUCAUGUUAUCAUUGCUCAUCCCUGGCCCUUCACCACCUGGAAAUAACCUUGAUGUAUACUUACAACCUUUGAUAGAGGAGUUAAAGGAAUUAUGGGAUGGGGUAAACACAUAUGAUGUAUCUACUAAGGAAAAUUUUAAAAUGCGUGCAGCUAUUAUGUGGACUAUUAGUGAUUUGCCUGCCUAUGCUAACUUAUCUGGAUGGAGCACAAAAGGAAAGCUUGCUUGCCCCUCAUGUCAUAAGUAUACAUGUUCUGAAUGAUUGCAAAAAAGUGGGAAAUCAUGUUACAUGGGUCAUCGAAGAUUCUUGGAUGUUGAUCAUGCCUUUCGUAAAGAUAAGAAAAAUUUUGAUGGUGAGGAAGAACAUAGAAAGGCACCUCCACGCUUAACUGGCUCUAUGGUGUUAAAUGAAUUGAACGGAUUCAACAUAAAAUUCGGAAAACAAGUGAGUGAUAAUCCAAAAUUGCCUUACAAUUGGAAAAAGAGAAGCAUUUUCUUUGAGUUGCCCUAUUGGAAGGACAAUUUAGUGCGCCACAAUCUUGAUGUAAUGCAUAUUGAGAAAAAUGUGUGCGAUAGUAUUCUUGGGACCUUGUUGAAUCUAGAUGGGAAGACAAAGGAUCACAAAAAUGCACGUCUUGAUUUACAAGCGAAGAAUAUUAGAAGUGAACUUCACCCGAGAGAAGAUGGUUCUUUACCGCCUGCUUGUUUUUCAAUGAAUAAAAAAGAAAAAGAGAUAUUUGGCAAAGUGUUAAAGAAAGUGAAAGUUCCUGAUGGGUAUGCUAGAAAUAUUUCAAGGUGUGUACAGUUUAAACCAUUCAAAAUAUUAGGUCUUAAGAGUCAUGACAAUCACAUUUUGAUGCAAGAAUUACUUCCAUUAGCAUUGCGAAAGGUCUUACCCCAGCAUGUUCGAAAGCCCUUGAUUGAGUUAUGCCAGUACUUCAAAAAUCUUUGUUCGAAAUCACUCAACUCUGUUGAUUUGGUUCAAAUGGAAUACCAAAUUGCAUUAAUACUUUUUCACCUAGAAAGGAUUUUCCCUCCAUCAUUCUUUGAUGUUAUGGUGCAUUUACCAAUUCACUUAGCAACAGAAGCUAAACUUGCUGGGCCUGUGCAUUAUCGUUGGAUGUAUCCUAUUGAGAGGUAAGUAAUAUUGAUUGCUUCUAUUUUGUCAAAUUUUAUUUAGAUAUCAUUCAUUUGAAAGCAAACAUAAUUACUUUUUCAUCAUUGGGCAUCUUAUAGGUAUUUGUCCACAUUGAAGUCAUAUGUAAGAAAUAGAUCUCAUCCAGAGGGUUCCAUUGCUGAAGGUUAUUUAGCAAAUGAAUGUUUAACCUUUUAUUCUAGAUAUUUUGAUGACAUUGAAACCAAAUUCAAUCGGCCAAGUAGAAAUUCUGAUGAAGGAAAUGUUAGCAAUGUUGAGUUACCAAUAUUUGCAAUGCAAGGACGAUCAUUUGGAAAAGAAGAUAUGGUUGUUUUAAAUAGAGAAACAUUAGAAAUGGCACAUAAAUAUGUGUUGUUUAAUUGUGACGCAGUUCAAGAAUUUAUUCAGUAAGUCAAUAAUUAUUUUCCAUUAAUUUUAAUAGAGUAUAAAUAGCUCUUUUGUAUCCUUAUAUUCUACUAUAUGCACAGACAACAUGAGACUAUAAUAAACAAUCAAUAUCCUCGACUUUCUAAACGACAAAGGGCUAUUAAACACACCGAGGAAUUUACUUCAUGGUUUAGUGACACGGUUGGAGAAAUGUUUGCUGCUGGAAAUGAGGAUAUAUCUGAAGAGCUUCGAGCUCUUGCUCAAGGUCCUAAUUGUGUUGCAAGAAAGUACAAGGGUUUUAUUAUUAAUGGUUUUAGAUUUCGUGUGAAAGAAGUUGAGGAAAAGAGAAAAACUCAAAAUAGUGGGGUUAUUGUUACUGCCAAGACAGAAAGUUAUGCUAGCGUGAGGGAUAACAACCCCAUAUCAGGAGAUGUCACAUAUUAUGGAGUUCUAAAUGAUAUUUUAGAGUUAGAUUAUCUCAGUGGUAAAAAAGUGACGCUAUUCAAUUGUGAUUGGGUUUCUCAAAGAAGUGGAAAGAAAGAAGAUGAUGAUGGUUUCACCUUAGUCAAUUUCACUAGACUCAUGCCCACAACUGAGCCAUUUAUUUUAGCUUCUCAAGCACAACAAGUGUUUUAUGUGGAAGACCCUACAGAAAAAGACUGGCAUGUUGUAAUAAGAACCACACCUAGAGACCAAUUUGAUCAAAAAGUCAAUUCACGUGAGGAUGAUAUAGAGACUCAGCUGCAAAGCCAUGCAUGCAAUCCUCAAAUUCAAGAUGGUGACAUCAAUGUUGAUAUUACAUGGGCUAGGGAGCAUGAUGAAUUUGAUGCUUAUGGUUGAUAUGGUUCAUUAUUAUUUUUUUAUGUUAUAACUUUGUACGACUUUCAAUUCUAUGCUUUUCUAAAUUGAGUUUGUAGUUUUUAAUGCUUUCUCCUUUGGGUUUUAUUUUCAAUUAAUUCAUUUUUCGUUGUAGAAAACUAUAUAUCAAGAUUGUGUUGUCUAAAUUAGCUAUUUCAAUUAUCUAAAUACUAUUUGUGUGUUGUUCCAUUAGUUUGGUACAUAGAAUCAUUGUUAUAUAACAGUGAGUAUUGCUACAUUCA